AUGGCGACGACGAACAAGAAUUCGUGGCCCAUCUCUUCCAAAUCCCGUACAAAACUAAACGCAUUCCGAUACAACGAGGAAAACCCAUGGACUGAAACUGCGACUUCGAAAGACGAAACGAGAAUUGGGCACGUCGACAAGGAAAACCAAAGCUCGUGGCUGAAUGGCGUGGUUGCUCAAGUACAUACAAGCAAAGAAACAGAUGAUACACAGCCACAAUCUGCGCCAUUGACCGAGGAAACUGCUUUGACCGAUCAGCCCAAAUUGGUCAAGGAUUGCCCUCAAACGCCGGGAAACCGCAUACCUCUGGAGGACUUGAUCAGCAAUGCCGAAGAUGCUUUUGAAUCGGUUCAGGGCUCCGAUGUGACACCCAUAGACCAUGUUAUCUGGCAACAUGUCCCAGCCAGUUCCAAUCCAGAUGCGUCAUCUCAAACGCCCGCACGACGUCGGAAAAAACGGCGUCAUAGCUCGUCGCCAGCUGGUUCUCCAAGCCGAGAGACCUCUAAAAAGGCACACAAGGAACCGCUUGAUUUACAGUCAAUACAAGCCCUUUUCAAAACACCACAACACGACUUGGCAGCCGAGCUUUGGAACAAUUACGUGGAUAAGAAUAUGGUUGAUGGGGCUGACGAGCUUCCUGCGCCUCGCCUCGCAAACCUUCUGUCCUCGUCACCGCAAACACCAGUUUCGGGCAGAACAAGCCGAGACUCGUCUGGCUUGAGACGAUCUAUCAGUUGUGUUGCCGAAUGGCCUUCAUCUCGUGCAAAACGAAGAAAAGUCAAUCGUCAGGAUUCGGACUCUGGCCGAGGCAUAUUUUCCCGCACGAGAAGCAAUGUCCUGGACUCUGGCAAUGGCAAAUCGUCCCGAAUCAACUUCCUACUGGAGAGAAUAGAGAAAAGUCUACAUCCGCCUUCGCAGUCCGAUAUGGGACCGCCAAACUCCUCGCCCUUACGGCAACGUAUGGAUGCCCAAAGAUGUCGCUCAUCGUCUCCUAUACUGGAUCGCCAAAGCGGUGUGAAUGCUGAAGCUACCAAAAGUGCUCAACUUUCUGAACUUACUGAGCAACUUUUACCUGUGCGUUGCCAGAGCUUGCAAGAUUCAGACUCAGAAUUUGGUUGUGAUGAUCUAGACGAGGAUUUCUUGAACCUCGCUGAGGAUGCCGGGGACCCUUUUAUUGAUACUUCUGGUCAACACAAAGACAUCGCCCUAUUGGGCUCUUCUGCUGGCUCAAAAGCAAAAGCAAACGCAAAUCACGUUGAAAUCAGCAGCUCGGGGGGUCAAAAUGUCACAUCACCUAAACGAAAUGCUCCACCACUAUCACUGAAUAACGAAACUAAACAUGAUGAUUCUGACGAUUUCGAUGACGACUUUGGUGAUGACGACUUCGGGGUAUUUGAUGGCGAGCUCCAAGAUGUGCUGCGGAAUUGUGGUGCUGAACCGGCCAAAGUAUCAGAGCCACAUGCUGCCGCCCAGUCAACGCGACAAAAUGAAACAAUUUCUCUGGGCCCCGGAAAUCAAACUCCCGCCGAGGGAAUGCAUACUUCAGGACCGGUGGUAGCCCCCCCUUCUGAUGACGAAUUCGAUGAUGACUUGGACAUUGAUGCUUUUGAACAAACCAUGGAGAAAAGUGGUAAAGAUUCAGCUUAUAAUCUCAAGUCUCGCAAAGCAAUCAAGCGUUAUCAGGUUGUGAAUUCCGCAGAGAGUUCGUACGUCAACUCGAGAGGACGUACGCAGCCCGAACAGGUCCUGUCCGUCAAGGAUGAGAAGACGGAUGCCCGCAAGGUCAUUAUCUUGCGCGAGUCAUGGUUCGAAACGCCAUGCGAAAAAGAUUGUUUCGUUCACUUAGUCGGGGAUUUUGACACUUUUGGUCAGUGUAUCGUUGACAAUUCACACAACAUGAUUAUUCUCCACCCAGACCACUUGAUUUCAGCCACUGUUGUUGCAGACUCUGGGGAUUGCCAACGACGCGCUGUCCUUCAAGAUCGAGUCAAGGUCAUUGGCCAAAUUGAACGCCCACAGGCAUUCGGUAUUAUUUUUCACGAGGUCUUUCAAAAAGCGCUGAUGGCGAAUCAGUGGGAUACUGAAUCCAUGAGAAUGUUGGUUGAAAAGGUGCUUGAAAAUCACAUCGAAGAGCUCUACACAAUCAACAUGCGUACGUCUGAUGCCGUUGAGGAUAUCAUGGGGAAAAUACCCCAAAUUCAGGCGUGGGCAGACGUCUUUUUGCAAGCUAGUCCCAAGGCAAACUCGGUUGUUGAAGAUCGAAACGGCGCGAAGCUCAAUUUGAGUAUUAACAAAUUGCUCGAGGUUGAAGAACAUGUCUGGUCGCCAAUGUAUGGACUCAAAGGGAACAUCGAUGCAACUGUGCAGGUCGCGUGCGUCGAGAAAGAUACGUCAAGAAAUCUUGUCGUACCGCUCGAGUUAAAAACGGGAAAAAGAGACACCAACCAGGCGCAUAGAGCCCAGACUGCUCUCUACACCCUGCUCCUGUCUGACCGCUAUGAUGUGGACGUUACUUUUGGUUUGCUCUACUAUCUCGAACUUUCAAAGACCUUGAGCAUUCGAGGUAUUCGCCAUGAACUUGUUCAGAUGAUUCAAGUGCGGAAUCGGUUAGCAGGCUACAUCCGUGAGAGGACGCAGCUUCCACCAAUGCUUAAAAAAGCGCAAAUGUGCAAUAAAUGCUAUGCGAAGACACCAUGCUUGAUAUACCACAAGCUCUCAGAGGACGGCAAUGGUGACUCAAGCGGGCUGAGCGACGACUUUGAAGCCUUCACGCAACACUUGAACAAAGACGACCGCGACUUCUUUCGCAAGUGGGAUGACCUCCUGACUAAGGAGGAAGGAAACUUGAUCAAAUUUAAGAGGGAGCUGUGGACGUUGCUGAGUAAUGAACGUGAAGCAUUGGGCCGCUGCUUUGGAGAUGUUGUGCUUGACUCCCAUACGGUUCAUGAAGAUCAACAUGGAAGUCGAAUCAAUCGAUUCAAGUACACAUUUCGAAAACGAAACGCAACAUCCGGCUUUUCAUUCGCAGAGUCGCAGAUAUCGGUCGGCGAGCCAAUCGUGGUUUCGGAUGAAAGGGGUCACUUUGCGCUUGCGAAUGGCUACAUCACCCAUGUGCACACCUCUCAUGUUACAGUCGCCGUUGACCGCAGACUACACAGGGCCAGAGCGAAGACCGCUGGAUUCAAUCCAAUCUCGAACCAGUCUUUCAGAGGAAUUAUGGAAGUUGGAAAAGAAGGUCUUUCAGAACUUGAAGACCCAGAGGAGCAGAUGACAUAUCGCAUUGACAAGGAUGAAUUCAGUAACGGCAUGGCUCUUGUUCGAAACAACCUGAUUUGCAUGAUGGACAAAGAUCUUUAUCAGUCCAGACAUCUGAGAAGACUUGUUAUUGCAAGCCAGCCGCCUGUCUUCAAAUCAGCCUCGACUGCGUACACACUCCCUAAUUCAGUAAGCCUCAACGUUGAUCAAAAGCAAGCUAUCGAAAAAGUUAUGAGGGCGAAAGAUUAUGCUCUUGUCCUUGGAAUGCCAGGUACAGGCAAAACCACAACCAUUGCACACAUUAUCCGCGCUCUUGUCGCGCAGGGUAAGAGUGUUCUUCUGACCUCAUACACGCAUACUGCUGUGGACAACAUUCUGCUGAAGAUCCGGGACGACAACGUACCUAUUCUUCGCAUUGGUGCGGCUACAAAGAUCCACCCCGACGUCCAAGAGUUUGCCGAUCUGGCGGCGAUCCCCAAGAAGACGAUCGAAGAACUCAAACAUUCGUACGAGAACCCACAGGUUGUUGCGACAACUUGUCUGGGAAUCAACCACAACAUUUUCAAUCAGCGGAUCUUCGACUAUUGUAUUGUCGACGAGGCUUCACAGAUCACGCUUCCAGUGUGUUUAGGCCCAAUCCGCAUGGCGAGGACUUUCAUCCUGGUGGGUGAUCAUUAUCAGCUCCCGCCGCUGGUCCAGAACAAGGCUGCCCAGGAAGGGGGUCUUGAUGUCAGUCUAUUCAAGCUACUCUCCGACGCACAGCCUGAUUCCGUUGUGAAUCUGGAGCAUCAGUACCGUAUGUGCGAAGAGAUCAUGUUGCUUUCGAAUACCCUCAUCUACUCCGGACGGUUGAAAUGCGGUACUCCGGAGGUUGCGGCUCGAUCGUUGGAAAUUCCGGAUAUCCACGCAUUGGCACAAUUUCACGCAGGUGACAUUAUAUCGACUCAAUCAAGGCAAGAGAUCUGUCUCGGUAAAGCGAAUGGACGCUGCUGGCUUAAUGACUUGCUUGUGCCUUCUGCGAAAACCCUCCUUGUCAACACCGACACGUUAGGGGCGGCAAGUCUAGAGACAGCGCAGGGACAACGGGUUGUUAAUCACCUCGAAGCGGUUUUGUGCACUCAGCUAGUGGAAGCAUUAAUCGCUUGCGGUAUUUCUGCCCGAGAUAUUGGUGUCAUUACUUUCUAUCGCAGCCAGCUUUCUCUCCUGCGCCAGAACCUUCGUCGCUAUGCGCCCGAACUGGAGAUGCACACCACCGAUAAAUUCCAAGGACGGGACAAGGAGAUUGUCAUCCUCAGCUGCGUGCGCAGCAACAGCGAAAAUCAUGUGGGAGAGCUUUUGCGCGACUGGAGACGAGUCAACGUUGCCUUUACCCGUGCCCGCACCAAGUUACUUGUCCUCGGCAGCAAAUCAACACUGCGUGAUGGUAACGAGCUUCUUGGAAAGUACGUUCGACUCGUGGAAAGCAAAGGCUGGGUAUACGAUCUUCCGUCCAGCGCCGCCGAAGACCACACUUUUUCAUCGGUUGCAUUUGACUCUACUCAAAAGCCUCUUACCUCUCCGAACCUGGCCAAAAGCCCUCCAUCUUUUAAGAAACCCCCAAAUUCACCCGCAAACCAAAAGCUUGAGACCCGGGAAAUUCUCAGCCCGUCAAGGUCUCGCAACUCGUCCUCGCGAUUGAAACAACCUGCAAAGCGGGGUGCAAAAAUUUUCAACGGUUUCUCCGUUGUGGGAAAUAGACCUAUUCUUCAAGACCUGGUAAAUGACAUUGCUGGGUAG